UUGCGCUGUCUUGACGUCUCCACUCCACUCCACCCCACACCUGUACGAAUACUGUCGGUCCACCAAAGGCAUCAUCUUCUAAUCUUGUGACUGGCACGAUUAUUUCCUGAUGCUUGAUAAUUUUGAGUCCGAAAGGUGUGCUAUUUUGUUAGAUCGGUGAUCGCCCCAUAGAAAAUGGUUGUGUGCUCCCAUUAUUUAUAGUCCUCUCUCUCAGCACGAUGGCAUCUCCAGCACCUGAAUUAGAGGUACCAUGGGGUCAAACAAUUCAAAAAGCUGAACUUGACUAUGCGUUUUGGAUGCAAUCCAAACAGCUGGCUCUAGCUGCAGAGACCAGGGCCAUUACGUUGAUGCAAGGCAAAUCCAGUGUUGCAUGCUCGUCGAGCUCAUCCGAUGCCAGCAAUCCUCUACUGCACACACAGCAUACUAUGGCGAGUAAUCGUGUGUACGAAGAUGGAAUGAAUAUUGAGGAGGGUCAUUUUUCGGAAGAUCCCAGUACUAGUACUGCGGAGGCCAGGGCUGUUGCCUCUGCUGAAGGAGAGUGGCUGCGUAGUAGGUACACUGUACAGUCUUGUUACAUGGCGGAGACCAACGUCAUGUUGGUGAAAAGCAGCACACCAGUUGUGCCGGAGUCUGCCGGAGAGUACACUUGUAGUGUUGAUGAGUACAGCAGUACACAAACCAUUGGCACUAGCAGCAGCAGAAGUCAAGUAGAUGUAGAAGAUUCAGGACAGCAGCAGCAGCAGCAGCAGCAGCAACAGUGUGUUAGUGAUGCAGAGCUUGACCGGCAAUGUCGCAGCACACCUCAUGACGUUGAUACAGCUACAGCAGUUGUCAGCGACACUGUACCUGUCAAUACAGAGCUAGAGGUCAAGGAAGAUCCGAUCUCGGAUGUCACUGACAAUGCUGGUACUACUAUGAGCAGUGUAGAAUGUCAUGCAGACGCUGGUAGCGAUGUAGGGGUGGACAUCGCAACGGCGGAGGCGCUGAAGCAGCGAGUUGCCAGUGCUGAAAAUGCAUGGAUACAGCAGAGUGUGGCACGUGUGAAAGCAGACCAGACAUGUGCAGACAUGAUGGCAUCGCAUGCCGCCGUCUCAACCACUGCUGCUUCUGCUACUGUCAUCACUUGUGGUGCUAGUGCGAGUGUGGUGGCUACUUGUGAUGAUGAGCGUGUAGCUGAGACUAGCACUGCAAGUACUGAGCCUGAUGCUGUACACACAGUACACCACUCUGUGCAUGCAGAUGAUAGUGAAGAUGGUGCUGCUGCUGAUGGUGCUGCUGCUGAUGGUGCUGCUGCUGAUGGUGCUACUGCUGAUGGUGCUGCUGCUGAUGGUGCUGCUGCUCAUGGUGCUGCUGCUCAUGGUGCUGCUGCUGACGGUGCUGCUGCUGCUGAUGGUGCUGCUGCUGCUGAUGUUGGUGGUGGUACUGGUGGUGGUGCUGCUGCUGAUGAUGUGCUGCUGUGCCCCAUGCCAGAUGAUGACGGCGCAGUGGGGAGAUUGCAACAGGUGGCGUGUGGCGAGAACGCAUGGCUACAGCAGAGUAUGGCGCACACUUGCGCUGAUCAAGCUGAAACCAGAAUACUAUCAGCUGCACCGACAUCAACAACGGAAAGAGCCGGCAGUGAUGAAUGUGAUGCGAUUGCAGCAACCGAUGAGCUUGCUGGUGAGCUGUCUGCUCUCGACACAUCUCCUGUAGUGCAAGCAAGUGCAGUAGACACACUAACAGCCAGCUCUUUAUCGUGUGACACACCUAAAACCAUGUCAUCAGAGCCAGCAACACUCGUGUUGGGGGAAGAAACACCAGCAGCAGCAGCAGCAGCAACGGAUAUACGCAAUACUACUCCUACUACCCGUGGUAACCGUGGUAACCCUGAUGAUUGUGAUCCCGCUGUACCUACUACUGCACAUGGGGUUGACAAGACUUUGCUGUCUUCAUCUGACAACUCAUCUUCUCAUGGUGAUCAGCCGAUGGGCAAAGAUGCAGAGCCAGCAGGUUCGACAUCUGGUACACCUGCAUUAGCUACUGUCCUGGCUACGUCUAGCACCGACGCCACUGAUGGUGCUGCUGAUGCUGCUCAUUCUACUGCCUGUGACGUUGCUGUACCGAUAGUGGCAAUUGAAGACGCUGUCAUUACGAACAUGACGGCGGAUACCAGCAGUGAGGCAGUACUGACCGCACAGCCCAGCAGUGAGGCAGUUCUGAGCGCACAGCUUGAAUCAGCCGUAUCGACAGCACUGGCUACUAGUAACACUGAUUGCUCCGAGCCAUCCCCAAGCAGAGUUGAAGAUGGCCGCCGGCAGCCACAGCAGCAGCAUCUGCAAGAGCAUGCAGUAGACCCGCUGCCCAGUGAGGAUACGCAUAAGCAGCCGAAAAGCAGUGUCACUGGUCGGGCGGACGAAUUGGAAAGCAAGUCAGCAGCGGACAAAACUAGUCCUGUGGGACGCAAGAAGAAGGUGGUCAAGAAGAAACUGAAAGCCAAGACCAGUACUCCUGUUAGUGAAUCACCAGCCACUGUAUGCAAUACUGGUACGGUGGCAGCAAGUGAUAUUGAUAUCUUUGCCGAUGGCGCGGCCACAGCUGCCAUUGCUGAUAGCGCUCCAGUGCCUGCUGAUGGUGCAGUGCGCAAAGUCAAGAAGAAGACAACGAAGACAAAGACUGACGGUGAAGUAAAAAAGAAGAAAAAGAAAGUCGUGAAGAAGACAGUGGAUGCAGCAGCUGUCGGUGAGUCUUCCACUCCCACUAACUCUACAGUCCAGUCUAGCCCUAAACUAAGCGAUGAUGUAAUGCUGGCAAAGGAUGACAUCAUUGGGAUAGAGACGGCUACAGAAGCACCACUGGAUUCCUCGGCUAGGCCACUGGCUAUGGCAUCACCCAUGUCCGUUGACAGUGCUGCCUUAGAGCCUAUAGUUACUGCUUCUAGCAAUGAUGUCAUACCAACGAGAGAUGACAUCACAGCGUUGGAGUCCAAUGCAGAGCCGUCGUUACCUUCUACUGCAUCCGCCGUAGAGCCAGCUGCAGAUGUCGGUAACUCAACCGCUGUGGACGAGCCAGAUCUCGGCAUGCACGAUGAUCCGCUAACAACAUAUAAAUUGCUGGCUAGUACAGAUGAUGCUGCUGACCGUCAAGAUGGUGACGAUUACGCAAGACCAGUAUCACCAACUGCUGCUGCUACUGGCCACAAUGGCAGACUGUUGACUCAGGACGUUCUGGUCUCGGUGUCACUGCCCAGCAAGCAGAUAGCACCCAGUGCACACACAACCAGCCUACAGCAAGAUUGUGAUGAACAGCACACGCUGGAUGAUGGUGAUGAGCAACACACGCUGGAUGAACUAGCGGGUGAAAGUAUGCCUCAUCGAGAUGAUAACAAUGAACUUGCCGAUGGCACGGCUCCAGUGCUUGACUCAGACCAUGCACACAGUAGGCAUACAGAUGACGACGACGGGGAGAACUCUGAUCAUGAUGACAUUGCUGGAGUAGUGGGUGACACAACACCACUAUCAACACAAGCAGUGGGUGAUACAACACCACUAUCAACACAAGCAGCAUAUCAUGAUGAUAGUGAUGCUGUUGUAGAUGAUGCAGUGGACGAACGGACCGACUCUGCUACUGCGGCACCGACUGUGCUGGACGAGUCACCAGUGCAUGAUCAUCAGGUACAUGAUGCUAAUGAUGUGCUAGGGGAUGUCACUCGUACCACUGAAGAUGAUGUUCCAGGUAUAGGCCGACCUGCAGCCACAGUGGAACCAGCACAUCGACAGAAUCCAACAGCGAGUACAGCAGCAUUAGACACAACCAACGCAACAGUAUCGAGUGCAACAGCAGUAGCGAGUGCAGUGGAGCAGCAGCCUAUAUUAACCAAGGCAACACCUGGUCCUGGUCUAGUGCCGUUUCAUCAACAGCAAGAUGUUGUGGCCAGUGCUGCUCACUCUGUCGGCGUUGACUUGAUGGCUCUGAAGCAGCAGCAACAACACCUCUCCGCUCUCUACCCGACUGACAUACGCGAAUGUCAGAAUCUCCUCCGCGAGGAACGCACACGUCGCAUUGUGGCUGAGAAGCUGGUUGAUAUUGUCCAAGAAGAAUCAAGUACAGCCAUGCGACAGCUUUCUAGUGAAACCACCGUACGGUUGAAGGUGGAAAGUGACCUAUCAGAUGUGAAGGCUGAGCUACGCAAGGAGAAGGAGACAUCUCAAAACCUGUCACAGCGUGUUCAAGAGUUGGAGCAGAGUUUAGAAGGUACAUCACACAUGGUGAGAAAACUGGAACAUCAACUAACCAACAGCAUGGCUCUGAGAGGUGGUAUGGACUACAUGCUAGAUGCAAAGAUCUCCAGAAGUCGUGCAUCAGAGGCUGAAGCUAAGCUGGAAGUCACCCAAUCCGAGCUGGUCCAAGCUCAGUCGGAGGUACAGCACUUACUAGAGCGCUUGCAGGACUUGACUUCUUCCAGAAAGGAGAUGGUAUCCAGCGAUGUUCACAGUCGACUUCUGAGCAUUUCUGACGAACGAGCUGUCAGGGCUGAAGAAGAAGUCCGGCGCUUGCAAGAUGAGAUGUCUCAUAUUCGUGUUGCUCAGGGUCUUCCACCAGGUCACCAUUCAGGGUUAGCUGGCAGUUCAGGUAUGGGUGCCUAUUCCCACGGUUCAAUGUUCAAUACUGCCGGUGCAGCAAGUACAGCACACUAUCCAGGCUCUACAUCCUCUUCAGCCUCUCUGUACGGCUCUAGUUCAUCAGCAUACAUGUCAUCGAUGUCCAGCAUGUAUGGAGCACCGCCACCGUCAUCUACUACUGGUGCGGCUGAGCCUCUGGGUAGCUACGCCAGCUUUCUACAACAGACUGCGCACCGAGCAGCUGGUAUUGCCUCUUCGCCGUACUCCGCCUGGGGUCAUAUGCCACCAUCGACAUCAAGCACUGCUCACAUGUCUCCGUAUGGUACAUCUCAACAACAGCCAUCCUGGGCAUCCACUGCAUCAUCAUCAUCAUCAUCAUCAGCCUAUCAAUCCACAUUGGCUGGUCACCCGGAUCACACAUACCCCACAUCAUCAACAGCACGUACGCCACAGAGGCAAUUUGCAGACAUUCUCGAGUCGUCCAAAGCAGGCAGCACCAAGCCGUCAGUAAUCGCCGACGCUGUCAAGAAACAACCAAAGGAUGCAUCACCGAUUGAGAGCGAUGUAACCAGUAGUCCUGCAGCAUCACCACGACGCCGGCUUGUGCAGCUCACUCCCAAGAAGAGUGAAACCAGACAAGGCGUUGGUAAUAGUGAUGAUGACGAUGAAGACAUCAGUGACUGGUCUAGCGAUGGCGAGGAUGACGAUGCUAAGCCCAGAACUGCAGCUUCACUGAAAGCAAGGUUCGAAAAGAUGUCAUCGCCUGGUGGUGUCAAGUUACCAGCUGGUGUGCCUAAGAAUGCUGUGUCCGUAAUGUCCCAAGCAGCCCUAGCCGCAUCAGUGACUACCAACACGAAUAGCAGCAGUAGUACACUGACAGCUGCUGCUCCCAGUGAUACUACUAGUGGAUCUGCUGAAGGAGGCAGUAAGAAACCCCGUCCAGCCGUUAAGCCAAAGCCAGUGGUGGCUGGUUCUCGUCCUGCACACCUACGACAGCAAAUAUCCAAACUUGAAGAAGAGGUAGUGGAACCACCAUCGUCUUUUGAAAAGGACCCAAUACCAGGAUCAAUGGUACGUACACUACUUCGCCGAGCACCCGGUCCAACAGGAAGACGAUUGCCAACUCGGCGUGGCACGGCUGCCAAGUCAGACUCUCUCUUUGUCAUGUAGUGUACCAGAGAGGCUUGAAUACUGAAACUGUCAAGUUGGAGGAGCUUUGAGAACUGGAAUACAGUAUACCGAAAUUAUCAGUAAGUUGGUGAAAUCAAGGACUAGCUGUGCACUCCACUGGUCUGGCAUGGUGCUGUUGCUGCUACAGUGUAGUAGUGGCGUACUGCACUGCGCUGGUUAGGCUAACAAGGUGAUCCUGCUAGUUGUGUACUGCGCUGGUUAGGCUAACGUGGAGAUCCUGCUCAAGACCAGUGCGCUCUUGCUAGCCUCCGUGUUGCUGUUGUUCCCCGUCUUGGAAUCAGCUAACAGUUAUCAGCUAUGCGUGGCGAUCAUGCGUAUCAGCACGGAGUUGUGUGAGAAAAGCAGUGUCAUUGGCAGCAGUGUGAUACUUGUCCACUGGUUUAUUUGAGUGCAGUGUGUGUGGUACUUACAUGUGCCGGAUCAUGGACUAUCAGUAACACAUCCAGCACCUUGGACAAUCAGUUUGUUGUUGGUCAGUUGGUUUGUCAUUGUAUGUACCGCCAGUCAUUAUGAAGACUGCUUGCUUUGUUUGCCGUCACUGUGCAAUUCACUGUGCACCUUACAGUUCUGCAUCUUCUACUUACAUUAGAUACAUGUAGGUGCUUGUGUGUCAUAUCUACUAGAUGUUCUGAUUUUGUCAAGUGAUUCUUGCCCCCCUCCGCCCCCCCCCCCCUUUGCUUCCAGAAUAUUAUUAUUUUUUACAAAAUAUAACUGUUGCGCCGUAGGUAGUAUGUGCUGCAACAGUACGUCUAUUUUAUUAGGAUUUGGAAAGUCUUGAAUUAUCGUUUCAUAGCCCCGUUCCUGAAGAUCGUUGACAUUGUGGAAUUACUCCCCUUUUUUAAGCAUUUUCCUUCUACUCUGAUUACUGCAUUUUGGUGAAUGGUGUGCAUAUCAAUAUUAUGCUGUUUGCAUAGUGCACGGUUAUUCCAUCACACACUACAUGAUAGAUGUAUGGACUGUGAAUAGCCGUAGCAGCAUGCACUAAUGUGCCUGCUGCUGCACCCUAGCAUCCUGCACACUGUGGUAGCACUCAAGACCGUGAAUGUCAUUCUGCUAUUAAUACACCAGUAUGUACACACACGCGCACAUAACAUCGUGCUGUUCAUCAACCGUUGUCUUUGUCAUAAUUAUUCCAAUGGUAUGCAGCUGCACUCAGUCUUUCACUUACUUCUCAUUGUUAUGUAGACCGCCCUUUCCCUAGUUAUGCUUUUAUCUCCUUUCAAGUCAAUCAUUAUAAUAAUUAUGUAUGGCUACUUUUUUACACCGUUGAUGCAGAUCAUGAUUUUGAAUUCAGUGACAUUUCAGUCUCUUGAAUACUCGUAUGCCGUGCGCCCAGGAGUGCUGGUUACCUUGGCAACAAUCA